AAUGUUUCCGUUCUUAAUGUGCAUCGCCAUAUUACGAGUAAUAAUAGUUGGUCUACAACUAAACUUCUAGAGCAGGAAGUAAAACAAAUGAUGCAAUUUGUUGAGAAAAGAUCCUCUAAACCAACGUUCUCUCUUCCUCAUCCAAUGUACCUAUCCGUAAUUAGCGUACUCCAAUUAGGAUGCAUUUUAAUAUGUGCUGCCAUUACGACUAUAUGUUAUAUUCGUCGCUGCUAUUCAACAUGCUUGUUACAAGACUUACGUGUAGCCUUACCCCCUCUAUCAAUAACACGAAACAUCAUCUAAAUAACACCUAAUAAUAAUCCUUCAAUAAAUAAAUAAACAUAAACAAAAAAAAAAAUAUUAUAUAUAAUCAUAAAAUAUUACCUUUCCUCGCAGAAAAUGGCACCUACGUAUUUUUAUCAACAACAUGACUCCAUACUCGCAUCAAUUUGGAACAUUCUUAAAAACUUUCAUGUAGCAAAUUUCUCUUCUCUCCCUUCUAUUGACACCACUCUUAAUUUAGUCCGUGAAUGGCUCCAAGAUCAUUUCUCUUUUCAUCCGCAGCUUCAGACCGCCUUGUCUACUGUCACUCUCCUUGAUUCUGCUUCAUCCUCGACUUUUCUCAGACGCAAUAAUAUUGAUCCCGAUGAUGUCAUACGUCUUACAUGGUCUCUUAUCUGUCUCCGACCGUCAACUUAUGAAUUAUUUUUUGAAACUCUUUUAGAAAUAAAUGAAUCCACCUCCUCCCAAUUCCACACUACUAGACUAAUUCAGCUAGCGUGGACACUUUCUCCAAUCUUAAAUACCACCACAGUCAAUCGUUUCUCAUUCUUACCAUCUUCCAAUGAAACUAAUCCCUCUACCAUCUCAUCAACAAUAUCCUCAUCGAAAGAAAAUUCUACGCCUGAUACUUUGGCAUCACAUGUCUCACAUAUAACUGCACCAGCACAAUCAAACAAAACAUUAAAACGGCAAUUAUCUCAUGAAACAAUAAUUCCACAACCACUUAUGUCAUUACAACUUGACGUUAAUGAACCACCACUUUACAAUGCUCCUGCUAAUCCAAUUCCUCUUAUGUCAUUCUAUGCUCCCCCAUGCUCAACUAAAUCCCAUCAUCAAUCACACCGUCGACCACCUCUUCAACGUAAACCACGUUUAUACAGCACAGUCUGUAGUCAAGCACCACAAGCAAACACUAAUACAAGUCAACGCGUCACCAAUCAUCGCUCUAAUACAUCGUCAACAACCUUCAACACCAUCAACUCAUCAACACAACAACAGGAACACGCAACAGUCUUCUCAUCAAACCACGAUCAACCAUUUCCUGGAUUAUCAAGUGCUUUUAAUACCGAGAUGAUCGAAUUAUCAUAG